UUUUUUUUUCUUAAAGAAAACUUAUACGUUAAUAAUAGUAAAAGAAGUGGGCCAAAUGAUUAACUAUAAUCGAAAGCAAAAUAAUUGAGCAAUUUCUCUCACGCCUGUAAUAUUGGGCUCCAUUAGUUCACACGAAAGACUUGCAUAAUUAGUCAAAAAGGAGAUACGUAAACUGUUACUGUUUUGCCGUUGAUCUUAGAUUUGGAUUUGAGGCAGGCAGGUAGACAACUGUAAAAUCAUGGAAAUCUUUCAAGUCACCAAGGAAAGUUUGAGAUUCAUAUUCAAAAGAUUCACAAAAGUGUUAGUUGUGUGUUUUAUAGCUUUGCCAGUGUUAUUCAUGGUCUCAAUGAUGUCUAGUAACUCAAAGUUUGAUCUAACUGCAGUCCCUGGGGUAAAAGUUGAAAAUGAUACAGCAUUAGGUUUGGAUACAAAAUACGAGUCCUCCCAGCCCACCAGCAUACCAGAAGGCAGACUGUUUGAUGACACUCUGGCUUAUGGAUAUGAUUCGCAGUAUGAUUCCUCUCAAUCUACUAGCACACCUGAUAGCAAACUGCUUAACAGAACUUUAGCUCCCAGUUUUGACAAAGUAUCAGAUUUCAAAUACGAGUCCUCUCAGCCUAUCAGCACACCGGAUGACAAACUACUGAAAAGAACUCUAGCUCCUACAUUUGAUGGAGGAUCAGUUUCAAGAAAUGAGUCAUCCCAGCCAACCACUGUACGCAAUGAGAACGUGCUUAAUGGGAAUCUGGCUCCCAAAUUCAGUGAAAGAUCAGGUUCAAGAAAUGAUUCUUCUCAAGCUUCCAGCAAUGCCAAUGAUAUAUUGCUUGAUGGACUAAUCUGUCCUGGAUUUGAUGAAAGGUCCUGCUUAAGCAGGCGCCAGUCUAUACUCUAUCGUCGAACUUCACCCCAUAAGCCCUCUCCCUUUCUCCUUUCUAAACUGCGGAAUUAUGAAAAUCUUCACAAGCGCUGUGGACCUUAUACCAAAUCCUACAACAAAACCUUAAAGACACUCAAGUCUGGCCACAUAAAUAGUGCUACCGAGUGUAAAUACAUUGUCUGGAGACCUGAUAAUGGCUUGGGAAACAGGAUAGUUAGCAUGGCAUCGUCAUUUCUUUAUGCUCUCCUCACGAACCGUGUCUUGCUUGUUGAUCAUGGGGCUGACAUGACUGAUCUCUUUUGUGAGCCAUUUCCGAAUUCAUCAUGGUUAUUGCCCAUGGACUUUCCCCUUAGGAAUCAGUUCCGUAAUUCUGAACUGAGGUAUGCUCAUAGUUUUGGAGGCAUGCUAGAAAAAGAUGGUACAUCAGUGAAGUCAACACCAUCAUAUCUUUAUCUUUUCCUUAAGAAACGUGAUUAUGAUCUCGAUAAGAAACUUUUUUACUGUGAUCAAAAUCAAUCUCUUCUCCAAAAAGUCCCUUGGCUGAUUCUGUUAUCGGAGCAAUAUUUUGCUCCUUCUUUCUUCUUGAUUCAAUCUUUCAAGGAAGAGGUAACCCGAUUGUUCCCUGAGAAAGACACUGUCUUCUAUCACUUGGGCAGAUAUCUUUUCAAUCCCUCAAAUCAGGUAUGGGAGCAGCUAAUCACCAAAUUCUAUGAUGCAUACUUAGCCAAGGCAGAUAAAAGGAUUGGCCUCCAAAUAAGACUUUUCCAUGCUAAUACUGCAAUGUUUCAAACUGUUAUGGAUCAAAUAUUAACCUGUACUGUAAAGAAAAAAAUUCUACCGGAUGUCAGCAGAAGAAACUCUGCAGCUUCCUCUUCUAGGAGUUGGACAUCAUCGAAAGCUAUUUUAGUAACAUCUUUAUAUACUGAGUUCUACAAGAAUUUGAGUAGCAUGUAUGGGGAUAAAGCAGCUGUGAAAGGGGAAGUCAUGGGGGUUUACCAGCCAAGCCAUGAAGGGUAUCAACACCGUGGAGAUAAUUUGCACAACAUGAAGGCAUGGGCAGAAAUAUAUCUGCUAAGUCUGUGUGAUGUGUUGGUGACUAGCGCUUGGUCAACCUUUGGUUAUGUGGCUCACGGUCUUGGAGGUCUGAAACCCUGGAUCUUGCAUAAGCCAGGGCAUGGAAUGUACCUUCCUUGUAAACAAGCAAUGUCUAUGGAACCUUGCUUCCAUUAUCCUUUUAGUUAUGAUUGCAAGUCAAAGAAGAAUGUUGAUCCGGGUACUCUUGUUCCGCAUAUAAAGCAAUGUGAGGACAGAGAGUUGGGAGUGAAGCUGUUUAAUGAUGAUCAUUAGCAGGUGGUAUCCUGACUUGACAGAUUUAGCUUGCAGUGCACAGAUUAGCCUAAAGCUGAAAGUAAGACAUUGGAAUGUCUAGUGGAGAUGCAUCUUUGAAAUUUGCAGCCUAGUUAGUGUGAAAUUGUGACUUUGUCAGGGCUGCUGCUGUCUGCAUGAAUCCACAAUUUACUGUGUAACUUGAAUACCAUGGUAAAGCAAAGCCCAAGGCUGUAUUA